AUCCACGGCAGCAGCAUCAUCAUGUCCCAUCAAUGCAGUUGCGGUCGCGAUCUUAACAACAACUAUGUUGGCUAUACCAGUGCCUAUGCCAACGCCAACACUGGCCUGGAUCGGGAUGCAAAUUCCAGUACCAAAUCAUCGGCAGGAGCACAAACCCAGUUCACUGCCAAACUGAUUGUGGGCACAGUGGGUGCUAUCAAGGAGCUGAGAGAAAAAGAGAAAUCACGUCAUUCCAUGGCACGUGCAGCCGAUCGUCGAAAUUAAGUGACGAGCAACAACAACAGCAGCAGC